AGCAGGAAAGAGGGACAGACAUGAGGAUGGUCAGGGUUUUGGAAACAGGCCCACGCCUGUUUUUAUACCCUGGACUCCUCUCAGAGGCUUGACAUUUUUGUUACCCAAGCCUCACCUCACUGAUAUUUUCCAACCAAAAUGGGGGCUAAGUGGUCUGAAGAGAGAGAGACUUACAUUAAUUAAAAGUAUGAGGCAGGGGCCAGUGUGGUAGCUCACACCUGUAAUCCCGGCACUUUGGGAGGCUGAGGCAGGAGGAUCUCUUGAGGCCAGGAGCUUGAGACCAGCCUGGGCAACAUAGCAAGAGCCCAUCUCUACCAGAAAAAAAAAAGGUGUGAAGCAAGCUGGCCAAGCAGGGGGUGCCUGUGGGGGCUGGAUGGCAGGAGCAGAUCUGGGGAGGCACCAUGGAUAAGACAAGGCAGGAUGGGGUGGGGCAUCCUCCCAGGAGGAACAGGGGGAGGCACCAUGGUUCUCUGGGAAAGUACGGGCUAAAGUCCCAGUGUCCUAUUUCUUUUUCUUUUCUUUUCGUUUUUUUUUUUUUUUAAAGACAGGGUCUCACUCUGUUGCCCAGGCUCGAGUGCGGUGGCACGAUCUCAGCUCACUGCAACCUCCGAGUCCCAGGUUCAAGCGAUUCUCCCUGCCUCAGCCUCCCGAGCAGCUGAGACUACAAGUGCCCGUCACCAUGCCUUGCUAAUUUUUGUAUUUUUCAGUAGAAAUGGGGUUUCGCCAUGUUGGCAGGCUGGUCUCAAACUCCUGACCUCAGGUGACCUGCCCACCUUGACCUCCCAAAAUGCUGGGAUUACAGGGGUGAGCCACUGUGCCUGGCCCUCGCGUCCUCUUUCUCAGCUUUUGGGUGAAUGUUCUGGGGCCCAGGGCCUGGCUAUGGGAUGACACUAAGUUCAACAGAGCCAUUGCCCGUUCCAGCCCCACCUUACCCCAGGAAAAGCCUCCUCACCGCAGUGACCACAUCCCCUUGGGUUGCUUUGCAAACAAACACUCCCCGGGGGCAGGCGAGUUGGGGCACAGUUGCCCAGCAACAGGCGGUGCCUUCCCUUCCGCCCUCAUCCGAGGCCAGGCCUCUACGCCUGAAAGGCGCACCGCCCUGCACCCUCCAACCUGCACCUCUUAGUCUGGCACCAGGAAGAGUGGCUCUAGGAGGGAGAGGAGCCCAGGGACUGACCCAAGAUGCCGUUGACUCCAGAGCCGCCCUCUGGGCGCAUGGAGGGGUCCCCCGCAUGGGAGGCAGCCCCAUGGCCCUCACUGCCCUGUGGGCCCUGCAUCCCCAUCAUGCUGGUCCUGGCCACCCUGGCUGCGCUUUUCAUCCUCACCACCGCUGUGUUGGCUGAACGCCUGUUCCGCCACGGUCUCCACCCAGACCCCAGCCACCGUGCACCCACCCUGGUGUGGCGCCCAGGAGGAGAGCUGUGGAUUGAGCCCAUGGGCACCCCCCGAGAGCGCUCUGAGGACUGGUAUGGCUCUGCGGUCCCCCUGCUGACAGACCGGGCCCCUGAGCCUCCCACCCAGGUGGGCGCUUUGGAGGCCCGAGCAACCGCCCCACCUGCCCCCUCAGCCCCAAAUUCUGCUCCCAGCUCCUUGGGCCCCCAGCCCCUACCAGAGGUCCCAGCACGGAGCACCUUCUGGGGGCCCCAGCCCUGGGAGGGGAGGCCCCCCACCACAGGCCUGGUGAGCUGGGCUGAACCCGAGCAGAGGCCAGAGGCCAGCUUCCAGGUUGGGAGCCCCCAGGCCAGGAGGCAGCGGCCAGGGAGCCCGGAUCCUGAGUGGGGCCUCCAGCCACGGGUCACCUUGGAGCAGAUCUCAGCUUUCUGGAAGCGCGAAGGCCGGACCAGUGUAGGGUUCUGAAUCCCCAGGGUUCCCCAGAGACCCCCGAGGAAGGCCUUGCCUCAGUGGGACCGGGGACCCCAGGAUCCAGCAUUAGGAUUGAGACUGCCCCAGGGAAGCUGCCCUUCCCAAGCCCCUUCCACCUGGAGUCCCCCUGCCUGGGUCUGGGUGGUAGGCAGGCUGUGUGGACUAGGGGAAGCCCAGCAGUGCCUCUGCUCAGCUACCUAGGUUGUGGCUCAGAGACCUGGGGGUGGAGCCAACGCCAGGCCAGAAGCCUUCAAGAUCGCAUCACGAUGAAGAACCCAAGGUACCAGAUAGUCAGGAAAUGGCAUCGACCAGCCACCUCCACCUUCUUUCAGUGUUUACCAAAGCCGCCAAUACCAAAGAGAAAGGGUCCCGCGGUGCUGAACAGCCUUGGUGUGGUGGUGACAGAUGGCAGGAGAUGACAGGAAUCCAGUUUCCCAGAGCCACAAAUCCUGUUCUCCUUGGCCACUCACCCACUGUGAGGUCCUCUAGGAAAAUACACAAAGAGAGGACCAGACCAGGCAGAGGAGCAUUUUGUUUCAAAUGAAUUGCGGCUUUGACCCCCAAACUGCAAGGAGGAACUUGCUGGGCCAUGCUGGAGCGGCGCUGUCUUGCUGGAGUGGGGACCUGGAGUCAGAGAAAACCCACAGGCUCCUCUGCCCAUUCUCCUCCAUCUGCACACAUCUCGGCCUUGGACCCUCACCACUCCAUGGUGAGGAAGGCCAUGGCCAGGGAGAACUGAGUUUCAUCCAAUGUGGAGAGGAGCGUUGUCCCAGAGCAGGGCAGCUCCCAAACUGUGCCCUCUGAUCAUCGGCCCUUCCAGCUUGCUGGAGUGUCCAGAGAGACAGAUUUGCCACAAGCUAGGCUUACUUAUAAUGCUCCGCCCCACAGAAAUGGGACCCCAAGUACCCGAUCUCCCCUUUAGGAGAGGCAGGUGGGUGAGCAGCAGAUGUAGUUUCCAUUUCCCUGGGGGUCUAAUUUUUCAAACUUCUUUUUUUUUUUUGAGACAGAAUCUCAACUCUGUCACCCAGGCUGGAGUUCAGUGGCACAAUCUCAACUCAUCGCAGCCUCGAACUCCUAGGCUCAAGCGAUCCUCCCACCUCAACCUCUAGAAUAGCUGGGACUACAGGUGCAUACCACCACGCCCAGCUAAUUUUUGUAUUUUUUUGUAGAGACAGGGUCUCACCAUACUGCCUGGGCAGGUUUCCAACUCCUGGGCUCAAGUGAUCCAGCAGCCUUAGCCUCCCAAAAUGCUAGGAUUACAGGCAUGAGCACUGCACCUCGCCACUUUUUUUUUGGUUUUGAAACAGGGUCUCACUCUGUUGCCCAGGCUGGAGUACAGUGGCACAAUCUCAGCUCACUGCAGCCUUGAACUCCUGGGCUUAAGUGAUCCUCCCACCUCAGUCUCCCCAGUAGGUGUAACUACAGGCAUGUACCACCACACCUGGCUUUUUUGUUUUUUUUAGAGACAGGGUCUUGCUAUGUUGCCCAGGCUGGUCUUGAAUUCCUGGGCUCAAGAGAGCCACUCAUCCCCACCUCCCAGAGUGUUGGGAUUACAGCCGUGAGCCACCAUGCCCGGCCAAACUUCAGCCUUGAAUAUUAGUAAUUUUGCCAUAUUAGUUUACCACCUGUACUAUUAUCUGCUUUAUAUUUUUCUUUAAAUUGGCUCAUUAUUCACUUAAUAAAAUUAUUGCAAUAGGAAUCUUUUGUAUCACUUCUGUAAAUGGAAAACCAGUCUCAUUUGCCAUCAAUAGAAGGUAAAACAUGAAAAUAAAUACAAUGUAAACAAAA